AUGAGCGAAGAAAAAGAAGAUCCGAUAUUGGCUGCUCCAAACCCUGUCAAAGAUGAAUCAAUACCAAUGGAAACAAAUGAAAAUGAAAAGCAAUCGACUAAUACUGAUUCGAUAUCAGAUGAAAAAGAGAAAAUAACACUCAGUUAUGAUGAACGACGACUUAGUUUAUUAAGUAACCCAACCUACGGUGUUAUUCUCGCUUUUUUGGAGAAAUUUCGCAGUAAUAUUGAUAUUCAAGAUUAUCCAUGGCAUUUGCUAGAAGAAAAUCUUUUAAAUGACCAAGAGAGCGUUAGUCGACGUUUAGUUGAUUUUCAUCUAACUUUAUUGAAACGUAUAUCACUGGGUAAAGGUGCACAACGAGAUAAAUUCAAUGCAAUUAUUACCAAAUUUGCGUAUCGAUUUGAUCUCGACGAUGGUGAAUAUCUGAAAACGAAUGGAUAUUCCAAUGCACAAAUUGAUAUUAAACUCCCGUUCAGAACAGCUCUAGGAGAGAAACCAUCGUUUGAGGUUCGCUCGCAGCCAUUCGGUCGUGAUCGUUCUGGUGCAUUCUAUUGGCUAUUUAUGGAUGCUGAAUGUUUUGUAAGAUUAUUUCGAGAAGAUGUCGAUGAUGAUCGAACUUGGACAAGUAUUGCCACAGAUAAAGAUCAGUUAGAAAAUUUUAUCAAACUUCUCAUCACAGAUCAUGUUGUUCGAAAGAAAUUUCCUGAAUGGAAAUUCGCUCACGAACCAUUCAAUUCAUUGGAAUCAUCGAAUGACUUUCAAGAUCGUUACGUGCCAGCUCCCGUCAUUGUCAAAGAGGAGGAUGUCAAACCUCCCACUCCACCACCAGUAUCUCCUGCAGCUCCUCGGAUCAAAACUGAAAAAAAUGUCCGUGGGAAAUCGAAGAAAACCGUUUCUCCUGCGCCUGUAGUAAAAAAUGAAGUACACUCUGAUCAAGAAUCAUCAAAUUCAGACGAUAAAACUGAUCGACGAUUGCCUGAUGAAUCAAUCGAAGAUACCAGUGCAAAUGUUGUAUCUCAAGAAAUCAACAACAAUCAAGAAGAUGAAGAAUUAAAGAGCCCAUCGAAGAAAGUACGCAGUCGACGGAAAUCUGCGACUUGGAGUAAGAAGAAACGACGAACAAUAUCUCAUACACCGAAGAAAGAGCAGCAACAAUCAGAAGUUCUUCCAAACAAAUCACCGAUAAAAGGAAGAAAACGUAAAGAAAUCAUCAUGGACGAAGACGAUGUGCAAGUGGCAAAAAAGAAUGAUGAAACUAGUCAAGAUAAAGAUACUAUACCAAUACUAAUGGAUGAUGAUUCAAAUUGCAAUGAUUUACCUAUUGCUUUGCGCCGUUCUAGACGCGUUCGAAAACCACCUACGAAUGAACUUUCAGCAAUUACAUCUAGCCCUGCGAAAUCCACUUCCCAAACUCCAAGUAAAAAGAAGCUAACGAAUGGCAGAGGAAAAAACUCUAGUCAAACACCCGUUAAAGUAUUCUCUCAAUCAGUUAAAAGUAAAAGUAAAAAGCGUGGCAAAGGUCGUCGUCGACGUGGUAAAAAAUCAUCGGCAAACGGCGCUUCAUCAUCAAGUGAAGAAGAACAACAAGCAUCUGAAGAGGAAGAAGAUGAAUACAACUCCGAUGAUUAUCUACCAACUAGUAAACAAUUAGAUGAGCUCGACGAUGAGAAUCUAUUGGAAGAAGAAGAUAAUGAUGACGACGACGAAUUCGUUCCUCGUCGUUCAGCGAAAACUGUCGCUAAGCGUCGUGGUCAAAUGAAUGAAAACAAUACUGAAGAUCUUCAAUCAGGAUCAAGUGCAUGUUGUGUGUGUGCAAAAACUGAUCGACCAGAAGCAUUGCUAUUAUGCGACGAUUGUGACGAUCCCUACCAUUUAGAAUGUCUGAAACCCAUUCUAUUAGCUGUUCCGGAAGGCGAUUGGUAUUGUCCAUUAUGCGAACACAAACGUUUUUCUGAUAAAUUAGUAGAACGAUUUAUUCAGUUGAUCAAAGACUAUGAAGAACUAGAAGUCAAACGAAAACAAUGUAUGUCCAAACGAACAAAUCGUUUAGCAAAUGUUAUGCUAAAUCUGGAUCGAAUGGUCAAACGAUCAUCGAAAAAACGACGAACAAAUGGCAUUGUUUAUAGUGACGAAGAAAAUGAAGACGAAGAAGAAGAAAAUAACGACGAGGACAAUAAGUCCGAAGAAGAGCAGGAAGAAGAAGAAGAAGAAGAAGAAAAUAAUGAUGACGAUGAUGACGAUAGCGUUUAUGGAUUUAAAGAUGAUGGUGGCUUUGAUAGAAGAGCAAAACGCAAACAGUCAUCAGCAUCAUCUCGAGGUCGAAAGGAUCGUUAUCGUGUUGAAGAAUCCGAGAAACUCGGAGUUAGAUCUUGUCGACAUGAGUCAGAUGAAGAUGACGAGAAGACAACAUCGAGACAACAUCAUGGUCAUGAGCAAGACGAAGAUUUUGAGACGACUGACCCUAAAAAUGACGACGAAUUUGCGCCAGAAGAAAACAAUUCGGAUGGUAGUGACAGUGAAGAAGAAGAUGAUUACAAUGACGCUGAUGAAACAAGUGAUGAUGAUAAUUGGCGAAGUAAACGACGAUCAUCAACGAGAAAGAAGCCCACUAUCAAAUCAAAUCGUCGUAAAUCGAGAAAUAAAUCUGACGAUGACGAUGAUGAUUCACUUUCUGAGUCUGAGUUAAGUCGUUUCCAAACAGCGAAAACAACAACAGACUAUGAUUUAAACGAAAGUGGAAACGAUGAUCGACGACGAUCGUCGCGAACAACGACACAAAAAAGUUAUACUAAACAACAAGACGAUAGUAACGAUGAUGAAGAUAUGGAAGAUCUGUAUGAAAACGGUCAACCACCACCCCGACGUAUGCGAUAUAAGAAACGUCGUGGUAGUGAUGAAUCAUUCAUUGACGACGAUGAUGAUUACGAGAAGCUUCAACGUAAGCGUAAAAUAGUCAAAUAUGGCAAAGUUGCCUCAAGGUCAAGUAUAAACGACCAUUUGAAAAACUUUGUCGACGACGGUGAGGAAGAAGAAGAAGAGGAACACGAAGAAGAAGGAAAACAAUCAGCGUCAGCAUCACAAGACGGAGUCAAAGACGAUACAAAUGAUGAAUCAAAAUCAGCAACGAAACCACCGCAGAAGGAAUACAAUGAACAACAACCAUCAGACGAUGAUGAUUUUCCAGACGAACAAGAAAUUCUCAAAGCAAAUGGCUUCUUAAAACUACAGAAAACUCUUACUGCACCAAAGCCUCCUGGUUUUCGACCACCUUUUGGCGCACCUACUCAUUCAUAUCAACAUGCAAUUGUUGAUCCCACAGCACGUUUUGCCAUGAUUCGUCCACCAGUUCGGCCAACAAUGAACAAUGGUUAUCCAUUCAAUGGACACGACCCCAAUCUAGGCGGCGUACUUCCUCAACCGAGUGAAAUCAAUGGUCAUAAUGGUCCCACAUCAUGA